UAAGAGUUGGCAAAUGGAACGGGCAAAAAGUAAAGAGGCAAGAGACGGGAAAUGAAGGUAGUAUGGAAUGAGCUAAAAUGCUAUUGGACUGAAAAGCUGAUUUGGAAAAUUAAAAAGAAAAAGGAAAAUAAAGAAUUUAAGAUCAAAGCAGAGUUGCUGAGGAUUGAAAGUAAAGAACGGGAAGAAAGAAUGGGAUGGCGUAUGUGCAUGAAGUCUAUGGCUUGCUGAAUUUCAUGUAAUGACGGUCGCAAUCAGGAAAAAAUUACUAAAAUUACUUUAUCAUUCUCGAAGCUAUAGACUGGGUGAAUUGACAAGUCCAUUGACCCUAUUAAAGGUGUAUUAGUUAUAGUUACAGUGGUAGACGGAGUGUACGUCCGCCUCAUGAACGGGAGGUCGUGGGUUCGAUCCCCGGCCGAGUCAUACCAAAGACUGAUAAAAAAUGGACCUUCUGCCCUCUUGCUUGGCGCUCAGCAUUUAGACUGGAGAGGGGUAAUGACAUAUUAUGCGAUGCAGGGCCUGCUGGAAGAGCAGUCUCAUGGUUGAAGUGGCUACCCUGGGUAUUAAUCAAACGUUAUAUCAUUAUUAUUAUAGUUUUAAACGAUGGAAAUACUCGAGGUUUCGUAUUCUUAGACAUAUUCUAAGUAGACUAAAUCAAUUAGACUAAAUUAAUCAAAUGUUGAGCACAUAAUCUUACCUAUAAUUUCCAUCCACAAUUCUCGAGUGGGAAAGUACACUUGUACUUGUAACGAAGACUAGAUCAUGAUUCAUCCUCUAUCCGAUCAACUGAAGCUCGAUGUCAUUACACAAACACUGGUCUCUAUUCAAUGAAAAGGUCGUACCAAGAGCAGUCAGGUUGCUCGCUCGCACAACAAAAGCCCGAAUCGCUCAUCUGGAAAGUAUCAUAAUCAUGGAAUAAAGCUGGGUUUCAGUACCAAAACAACAUGGAGAAUACGCGUACAAGUAUAUUCUGGUGCACCAUUUUCUUCCUUUUGUGGCUUCGAUUCAUUCAAGCCCAGCGAGAAGGCGACGUCAGGCUGAUCAAUGGUGGCCAAUCAUCACGAGGUCGAGUGGAGGUCUACGAUGGCGAACGAUGGACAACGGUCUGUGAUGAUUACUGGGACAACGUAGAUGCCAUGGUUGUUUGUCGACAGCUCGGUUAUGACCCGGAUGGAGCUAUCGCCCAGUAUUCAGCCGUCUAUGGCAUGGGAACUGGGUAUAUAUCACUUGAUAAUGUACAGUGUUUCGGCCAAGAAGAGAAAUUGGUACAUUGUCCGAGCUCGUCAAGGCCGAGCAAUUGUAGACACUCUGAAGAUGCUGGAGUUGACUGUGUUCCAAAGGAUGGAGACGUACGGCUGGUGGGAGGUUCAUCGCGCAGUGAAGGUCGUGUAGAAAUUUUCCACGACCGGCAAUGGGGUACAAUCUGCGAUUCAAGAUGGGACGAAGAUGAUGCUUCGGUUGUCUGUCGUCAGGUCGGCUUCCCAAGCGAUCACGUGACAGCUGUGUCUAACGCCUAUUUUGGACGAGGGAGACAGAGGGUUGUCCUGGGCAACGUCGCUUGCUCAGGAGGCGAGUCCAGUCUGUUAUCAUGUUCGAGUGAAUGGUAUCCUAGUUCCUGCUUCCAUUCCGAUGAUGCUGGUGUCAUAUGCGGCAAAAGUCAGUCAACAUCGUCAUCAUCAACAUCAUCAGUGCUGGUUGGAUGCCUGUCCUUUGCCAGCAUCGUCCUACUAAUCUUGAUGGUUGCUGUCGUCAUACACUUCAAACGUGGCAAGAAAUUAGCAUGUCCUUCUGGGAUGAGGCAUAUGGCUGAAAACAUAAGAAACCCAUUCGCCUUCCAAGGCGAGUCAAGGGACGCAUCCCAAACCCACCAGGAAGAGAGGGAACUAACCCCACACCACCCUCCUCCGGAAUACCCACUGACGGUUCACCUUGAUCACCACCGUCCUUCAUACGUCGAUGGUCCACCAAUCAAUGUUACAAACAUUUCUGUGAAUGUGAACUCUGACAAUCGGCAAAUUUUUCUCUUCCCUUCGGGUCUAACUUCACCUCCGCCAUACAGUCCUUCCACCACUGAUGCUAGAAGUAAUGUGUCUUCAGGCCUGAUGAUAUCGCCCCCGCCAUACAGUCCAUCCAGCGACCAACAACCACCUAUUGCAGAGGAAGACACUGACCAAAGGAACACACAAGGAAGCAUAUCAAUUUUGACUGGGAGUCCCGAACAAACUGGGGUGACCAUCCAACCAGAUCAAUCUCCUGUCUGUGGCGCCUUUCCACCACCGUAUGAUGAUUCUUUGGCCCACAACUCCGUUUCAUCAACUGACGAUCACAAUGGUGACCACACCCCAUCAUCUCCUCACCACAGAGCUUCCAUAAUCUCUAGCAAUGGACAACUCUCUCCAGCAGCCAAUGAACAGCCGCCUCCAUACUCCCCAUGGAGUGUUAGUACAUUUGUAUGAUUUAUCAAUGAACAACAUGUCAAGUUGUAUGCUGGUUCUCAAUCUCCUAGGAACAAAAGAAUGGAAGGUAUAUACAGAUGUACUAUGGAUAAUGUGUUAAAUGUCCCUGAACCAGUUGCAUGGUCACCAGCCAUACACUUCCUAGUUCCUAGUUACAGAUUAUGGCCAACUAGUGAGGUGACACUUUAUCACAGCAAAUUAUUUUGUUCAGUGUCCAGGUGAUUUGCCUGACAAAGCAGUUGAGAAGCAACCUCUUAUUUCAAACCUGGUUGGUUAAAUUCUGUAAUACAUGGCUUCGGCACCUCAUCUGUUGACAUGCUCUCACCUACAUGAUAGAGUCAAUGUCUUGAGGUGUGAUAGAUGUUCCAGGAUGUUCCUAUAUAUAUGGUCCAGGAUUCCGUGGAUAGGUCUUGGACUGGGAACCAUGACCAGCCUCGGUAUGAGGUAUGAUCGAGUGCAUGUAGGACAGAAUGCUGACAUCUUCCAUUGUGUCGGAUUGGUUCAUGCCACAUUCAUUCAAGAUGACUAGAAUGGGCAUACUGCUGUCCUGAGUUAGAGUAAAUGACAAUGACAGCCAUGCUUAAGUGCCAAAAACAAGGAUAUAUCAGAUUUAGAUCCACUUCUGUGGUAUACCAGGCUUACAAACGUCCAUCAAGUAGCUGUGAAUUAUCAGGCCUUGGUGAAGAACUGUUUGAUCAACAUAGGAUGAACAAUUAAAAUGUCAAAAUGAAGAACUAUUCACUGACAUCCUUAUGUAAAUAAAAAUAUAUCACUGAAAUACCUAAUACAAUGAGAUUUUAUCGAAACAAUUUUAUAUAUAAAUAGUAUACAGAUUUUAUUUGUAAAUAGUAAAAAGGGUAUAAAAAGAGUGCAUUUUAUUCAAAUUAAGAAUCGUUAUAAAAACUUUACUAACACAAUUAUGUUACCAUCACAGAUUUAUGAUAUUCAAAUACUAAUUAUGCAUUUUAUACUAUGCAAAUUAAAUAUUUCAUUAUGUAUUUUGCCAAAAACAAAUCAGCUGAACUUCAGUGUGCCACAAAUAUAGAUAGGUCUUGUGUAUAUAACUAUAUUAUAGAUGUUCAUCUCCAUCAAUUCUUUUGCCAAUGAUUACAAUGACACAUCCAAGAGAGAAGGAGAAUAAAUAGCAUAUCAAAGGAUCACAUAACACAAAAAUUAGCUAUAAUUGUACACUUGAUUUUCAUGAUUGAUUGUACAUUGUAGCCCAUAAAAUCAAAAGUAAAAAUAAAAUGCUCUAUUUUAAAUUGUUAAGCUUUGUGUUACAGGCCCCCAGACUCCCAGAGUAUGCAAAACAAGUGUUGAUACAUGACUAUUUCAAUUCAAAUUUUGCACAAGUCAAACAGGUUUCUACUGUCCCAUGAGGUCUGACUAUAAAUUUAUAGAUAGAGUGAAUUCUGUGAAAAUCGUAGUCUGUACAGAUACUGUUCAGUUCUGGCAGACUAGACUAUAUUCUUGAUGCAAGAUCAACGCAACCUCUCUGUAUUUGCUACUCAGACAAAGACUUUGUUGUAACUUUCCAUGCAAACAUUGCCUAUUGAGUUUCAAUGUAUGCAAAUAUAGCAAACUAUAGUCUAUACUGUGAAUCUCAUCUGCAGACUUGGUACAGAUACUGCUCAGUUCCAGCAGACUAGGAGUGUGUUUGAUGUUGGUUUCCAAAUUUAAACGGCAACAUAAAUCAUGAUUGAAAACGCGAUUACAAAACGCUUAUAUAUGACGCGAAACAUAUGUAGGGCGUGUUCAAUGUCUACUAUUCCCGGUCGUAAAAGUAAACGUGUUUUAAAUCAAGAUUCAGAGGAAAAUUUAAACGUUAAAAAAAUGCAUUUGUAAACGCGAUCAGCUCAAAUUUACGACUUUGAGUAUCGGGAAUCAACAUUGAACACAACUGCGUUUUGAAACAUCAUUAAAUUUGCUCUCACAUUGGAAGCCUACAUGAACAGGUACCGGAACUGACCUUUUUUGUGAUGGGUCAAACUGAGCGUUAAAGCAUUAAAAUGAAAGUAGUCUGCUGUGCACACCCUUCACUCAAUUAAGGGUCUGAAUGUGCAGCCUACAUGUACUCAUGCCUUAUUUACUGAAGGCCCUCUGGUCUAGGCAUACAGACACACUUGCGGAUCAAAGUAUCAAUCAGGAUCUGUGCCUGCAGACUAUAACGAAAGCGUUCGGAACUUUGGAAAUGAGUCUUCAAACAUGAUUCAUUUUGCUGUUUAAAUUUAAAAAUCGACCUUGAACACACCUUACAUGAUGUCCUUGAUGCACGGGUAAAAGCAACCACUCUGCAUUUGCUACUGAGACAAAAAAAGAGAGACUUCUUUGUAACUUCCCAUGCAAACAUGACUUAUUGUUGUUUGGUGUAUGCAAAUAUUAUAUCAAACUAGUCUAAGCUGAUAUACUUUAAUUCAAUCCUAUAUACUAUUCAAAGCCAUUUUAAAUAAAAAAUAUAAUAUAUUACAACUGCUGGUUAUUAGAUCAUGGAUGCUAUAUCUAUUUUAACUAAUUUUAAAGUUACUUCUAUCUGUAAAUUAAAAAAAAAAUCCUUUAAUGCGGUGCAAAUAAAAGUCAACUACAUUUCAUUUUUCUGGUGUUCAUCAAAUAUAAAAUAGCAGUCUUUACACAAUAUAUGAUUUAAAAGAUACAAGAAAUUUAAGAUUUGAUAUGCCAAUCUGAAUAUAUUAGCCAUACAUUGAGAAAAUGGGGCAUGAAUUAUUUAUAAGGUACCGGUAAGCAAUUCAAAUAUUGCAUCAUUACACCACUUUUAGAGACAUAAAAUGCCUUGUGUAAAAGAAUACAAAAUGGUCAUACUUAUAAGGAUACAACAAGCUGAAAUAUAGACAAACAAAAUAUAUAUAUCAUAUGAUCAUCUAUUAUUUGUAUUGCUUUUUCACCUUUUUUACAAGUAUCUAUUGGAAAAAGAAUUACAGCUCCUC